GGUAUUCUCCACCAACAGAAAGAGUGGGCAGUGGUUCUCAAGUGGACUUUUAAAUUUUCUAGUGGCCACAUUGUAAAAAGGAGAAACUGAUGAAAUUAAUUUUAAUAGUAUAUUUAUUUAACCAAUAUAUCCUAAAUAUUAUCAUUACAGUAUGUAGUCAAUAUGUUACAAUUAUGAAUAAGAUGCUUUUUGCCUACUAGUCUUCAAAAUCCAGUGCUUAUUUUACUCAUACGAUGCGUCUCCAUUUGGACUAGCUGAGUUUCAAACGCACAUGUGGAGAGUAGCUGCCACAUUGGACAUGACAGCAUGAGAGCACCUGAGAAUCACCUAAACAUCUUCACAAAAACAUCGAACCUUUGCUAUGCUUCCCAAGUCUCUAAUGCUGGGGAGGGUCUAAUUCUGGAGGUCUGGCAUGGGGCCUGAAAGUCUCAUUUUCAACAAGAACCCUGCAGUGCUUCUGAUGCACAUGUUCAUGAGACCACGCUUUAGGAAACAAGGGCUUAAUGGCUAGAUGCACCAAUUUGGGAGGUACACCCAUGGGGUGCGUAUUCAGACUCCACCAGUUAGAAGCUGUGUAACUUAGUGACUUCUUGCUUGUACUCUUAGGUCUCGGCCUCCUCACCUGCAAAGUGAGACUCAUAAUAAAUACCUACCUACAGACCUGUGGGUAGCGAAUGGAUACUGUAUUUCUAAAGGUCAGCACACUACCUGGUACAUACUUAAUCAUGGCAGUUACCAGCUGUCUGAAUACCAGCUUUAUGGGAAAGAUGGCCUCCCAUCCUCCCUCAUUGACUCUGCGCUCCCUUCCACCAUCGCCCUCACCACACUCUGUGGUCAUCAUCUGCUUGCUAGUCUGUGUCCUCAACUUGACUGAGGGCAGAAACUGGCUACUGUGCAUUUAUUUCCACAUCCCUUUUUUCUUACACAUAGUACAUGCUCAGUACACAUUAUUUUUUCAGAAAUUUAAUGUGAUCAACUGGAUUCCCUCUAGUGGAGUAAAUUCUUUAUACAAAAGUACCUCAGGUUCUCAUGUAUAAAGAAAGGAUGCAAAUACACUGUUUAACACUCUUCCCUCUACAGUCUGUCACAGAAAGCUUUGCCAAAGUGAUCCAUGGCUUGAACGUGGGACACCUGACAGAUCGUGUUAUUCAGAGGAGCAAGAGGAUGAUUCUGGAUACUCUGGGCGUCGGGUUUCUGGGAACCAGCACAGAAGUGUUUCACAAAGCCAGCCAAUAUAGUAAGAUCUACAGUUCCAAUACAAACAGCACUGUUUGGGGACGGCCAGACUUCAGUCUCCCACCGACAUAUGCUGCUUUCGUUAACGGUGUGGCGAUUCACUCAAUGGAUUUUGAUGACACAUGGCACCCAGCCACCCACCCUUCUGGAGCUGUCCUUCCUGUCCUCAUGGCAUUAUCUGAAGCCCUGCCUCCAAGUCCAAAGUUUUCUGGCCUUGACUUACUGCUGGCUUUCAAUGUUGGAAUUGAAGUGCAAGGCCGAUUAAUGCAUUUCUCCAAGGAAGCCAAUGACAUACCAAAAAGGUUCCAUCCCCCCUCGGUGGUGGGAACUUUGGGUAGUGCUGCUGCUGCAUCCAAGAUUUUAGGGCUCAGCGCGACAAAGUGCCAAGAGGCCCUGGCUAUCGCGGUUUCUCACGCAGGAGCACCCUUGGCAAAUGCCGCCACUCAGACCAAGCCUCUCCACAUCGGCAACGCUGCCAGGCACGGGAUGGAAGCUGUGUUUCUGGCAAUGCUGGGUCUCCAAGGAAACAAGCAGGUCUUGGACAUCCAGGCAGGGUUUGGGGCCUUCUAUGCCAACUACUCCCCCAAAGUCCUUCCCAGCCUAGACGCCUACACGUGGCUGCUGGACCAGCAGGAUGUGGCCUUUAAGCGUUUCCCCGCACAUCUGGCCACCCACUGGGUGGCAGAUGCAGCUGCAUCUGUGAGAAAACACGUUGUAACAGACAGGGCCCUGCUUCCCAUCGAUCGCAUUGAAAGAAUUGUACUCAGAAUCCCAGAUGUCCAGUAUGUCAACAGGCCCUUCCCAGGCUCGGAGCACGAAGCCCGUCACUCCUUCCAGUAUGUGGCCUGUGCCACGCUGCUCGAUGGUGGCGUCAUUGUCCCAUCAUUCCACAAAAGCCAGAUCAACAGGCCACAGGUGAGAGAGUUGCUCAGUAAGGUGGAGCUGCAGCAUCCUCAGGAUAACCUGCCAAGUUUCAACACGCUAUACUGUGAGAUAAGUGUCACCCUCAAGGAUGGUGUCACCUUCACUGAGCGCUCCGAUACCUUCUACGGUCACUGGAGGAAGCCACUGAGCCAGAAGGACCUACAGGAGAAGUUCAGAGCCAAUGCCUCCAGGAUGCUCUCUUGUGACACAGUAGAAAGAUUCAUAGAGCUAGUAGAAAACCUGGAAGACCUAGAGGACUGUUCUUUGUUAACCGCACUUUUGAAAGGACCCUCUUCACCAGAGAUGGUUUCAAAAUCCAUCUAGCAAUGAACAAUUUCAUCAUACAAUCUCUCUUGAGGCUUACCAACAUCUGAAUGGCUAUAUUUGGGGAAAUUCAAUGAUUUGCUUUACAGAGCAAAGGUCUGCUCUUGGUCUGCCCAGGUAUAAAUGCAACAUGGUGUUGACAGUCCAGACACAGAACUGGAUAUACAUGGAAGGUGUCUUGUUCUGUAACUUUACAAGACUGUUCCAAUUAGCUAUAACAAGAUAAUAUAAGAGGUCAGACAAUUAAGUUCACAGAUUCAUCCUAGAAAAAGUGCUACAUACCUCAUUGCUGAAUAUCACUA